GAGACUGAAGCUAGGAUCAAUUAUUUGAGAGACAAAGCGAGAUCAAAAUACGAUGGAAGAACAAAGACAGAGGAUAACGAAACAAAUGUAUCAUCCUCAUCUACAUGGGAUCAUGUCAAUUUCUUUGCUGAACUUGAAGAAGGAAAACUUGACCACCACAGACCUAAUGCAGAACAUGAAAAGGAGAAGAAAGAAGAGAAAGAAAAAUAUGAAAAACAGAUAGGAUAUCUUACAUACCUUGGACAAGAUACCAAUGAGGCCACAGGUAAAAAGAACUGGUAUGAGGAAUUACCAGAAAGAUUAAGGGAUACAGAAAAGGAUAUAGAAGUACAAGUUAAGAAAAAGGCACUUGCCGAUCCUAUUCAUGAUAUCAAAAAGUAUUUAAGCAUUAUGGGAAGUAGUACCAGUGAAAAAUCAUUAAAAAUUAAGUCAGAAACUGCAGUCAAACGAAAGAGGGAGAAUUCAGAUGACAGUGAUUCCGAUCAUAGAAAAUCUGUUAAAAGACACAAACAUAAGAAAUCAAAAAAGCAUAAGAAAGAAAAA